AUGUGCAGGCGAGGCCGAACAGCGCAGAUCCCCGUCUUGCCGGAGAAAGGUACAAUGUACCUUUGGUUCAACUACCUGUCAAAUGGUGAGGAUGAUGUCAGAAGCCUGCAUGCUGGCUGCAGCUCCAGUACUGGCUACAAGAUGAUUGGUGCCUUCUUCCUGCGAGAUGGCAGUGGCCCCUUUCGUGAGCAUGACUCCUUUUGGCAUCCAGUACAGCCUCGAAAGCAUGAGGUGGAUGAACUUCAACGCCAAAUGGAGAUGAUCACGGUGCUGGGGUUCCGGUUUGAUCAUAUUGCAGCCCUCUUCAACUUGGAGCGCCAGGCAGUCUUCGAGCUGCUGGGCGCACAGGCAGCCGUGAGGGUAACGUUUUCUGCACAAGAUUUGGUAUGA